CUAGGACCUGGGAAACCAGUGAUUGAUUAGCCUACUUCCUGAAGUCCAUCCACCAGAGCCGUGUACCCACAGAUUUCUCUGCAAGUGUGUCGUCGUGGUAGGCUACUGCUGCGGAUUAAUGUCAAGCAUGGCGUCAACCAUACUGACAGUGGCGAAAUCCCAGGUUUUCCCUGAUCUUGAGAUCAAGUGCUGUAAAAGUGUAACAUUUGGGGAGACAAAGAGGGAGAAAAUGGAUAAGUCGAAAAAGGAAUCCGAAAGGGAAUGCAUUCUGAAUGGAGUUUGUGCUCUUUUGAAUUCAGGAGGAGGAGUUAUGACUGUUGACGUUGCUAAUUUGUCAUAUAAUUACAAAACAGAGGGGAGGGGAUUAGAUAUUGAGAAUCAUUUGAAAAUGUUAGUUGGUUCAGGAUUCGAAGAUAUGGUUGAAUUUAUACCACAAGGUAACAGAAUUCAUAUCUUUGUUAGGUCAUGGCAAUCUGGUGAUCACAGGCCAAGACUCUGCAGUAUUGACACAGCUUUAUGGGAAAGAACAGGGUCAUUUGUCGAGUGCAUUUCUCCCAACAUGGUGCCUGCUUUUGUAGAGAAAAAGAAAAGGGCCAAGAGAAACCAGAACAUGGAUGAGGGGAAACCACCUGUCAAGAGACCAGCAUUGGCACUACCAGGAAAUGACAUGAUAAAAUUGAAGGCUGAUGAAUUCUUCACAACAGACUAUGUGAAUUAUGGUGAACGUUUAGAAUUUGGGGAGAGUUUGCAUGUAGAAUUUAAAGAGUUCCGUGGUGGAAAGGUUGAGACGAGGCUGAAGGAAGUCGUGCCCAAAUAUAUAUCAGCCUUUGCGAAUACAGAUGGCGGUUAUAUGUUUAUAGGUGUUUCUGAUAAAAAUCAAGAGGUUGUUGGGUGUUGUCAUGACAUUGAUGAAGCCAUGCUACACAGCAUGAUUCAAGGAUUGUGUGAGAGGCCCAAGGCUGUCCAUAUGUCAGGAUGCAGGAAGAGCACAGACUGGCCCCCAGAGUAUAGGCUUAUCACAGUGAUACCAAGGCAGCGUUCAGAGCCUUAUGGGUAUGUGGUGGCCAUCAAGAUCCCACCUUUCUGCUGUGCUGUCUUUGAGAAAGAUCCAAACUCCUGGCAUGUUGAAUGUGGGGUGGUAGUCAGGCUAGAAGCUGCAGCCUGGUUGGAGAAACUACAACUCACAGACCCAGAUGCCGAUUUUUGUGAACGUUUCCAGAAUGUUGUGAGUCUGCAAAAUUCUCCACCUCUUUGCAAAUCUGUGUACAGUAUCCAGAAGCUGACACAACUUCAGGAGAAACUUUUUCCAGUUCCAGAGAAUGGCGUCAAGGUGGUGCCAGAGGCCCUGAGAGACAAGUUCACUGGUGUUGACCAUCUCACUGAGUCCCUAGAGGGUCCUGGCAUAUGCAUUCUAUCCCAGAGCUGGGCAGUUGAUCUAAAUCUCCCUAAGAAUGAAGAUGUGGUGUAUGAAGCACUGGUGAUCUGCAUGGGAAGUUAUCCCACUCUCUACUGUGUCGUUGAAAGGGCCAGUCCUGAGUUGAGGCAGUAUGCAAGAGACACUGCCUUCCAUCUCAAGCAGAAGCUGGUCAACCUGGGAGGCUAUACAGGCAAACUCUGUGUACUGCCAAAACUUGUUGAGACCCACAGCUUACCAGUGAUCGAAUGCAACCUGUUAUAUCCCAACAGCUAUAGACUGAACCAAGAAAAUGACCUGAAGGCCCUUCUCUGCUCCCUGGGGGUUGUGCUGUUGAGUUUCACCUCACCGUUGAGUGAUGAACUUGGCUGUGAGGUUCUUAAUCUGCUAACAGAGGAGCAGUUUGGGAUUCUCCAGAACUCUGAUGAAUUAAAUCAUCUCUUCAUUCAUGGUGUUCCUGGGUCUGGGAAGACGUUGAUUGCUGUGGAACUAAUAAAGAGGAUCAAGAACUUGCAUGGCUGUGACGAAAGAAAUAUUCUUUAUAUUUCUGAAAAUGUUGGACUGAAAGAUUUUGUGAGGAAGCAAGCUAUCUGCCAGUGUACAACAAGGAUCAAGUUUAUGUCUCCAUCAGUGGAUCUCUCAGAGGUGCAGCACAUCAUCGUGGAUGAGGCCCAGAACUUCCGCAUAGAAGAUGGAAACUGGUAUCAGAAGGCUAAGGAACUUGUAGGUGACGAGGGCAUGUUCUGGGUCUUUCUGGACUACUAUCAGAAAAAUCACAAAUUCCAAGAUGGCCUCCCACCCCUUGGCUCACAAUCCAAAAUGAAAUUACACAAAGUUGUUCGGAACUCUGCGAAGGUCAUGCAUGCAAUGCGGCGUAAAAUGGAUGAGGUAGUGGCCGGUCCUCAGACCUCAGAGACAAAACAUCUGGCUGGCAUGCACAAUAAGAUGGAACUGAGCCAUUCGUUCCCAGGCACGUUUCAUUUCAAAGAAGUGGCACCUAACAAGGUGUUGAAGACUGUGAACCAGAUCCUGCGCCUCCUCUCCUCUCAAGGACACUCCCCUGGAGAUAUCGCUGUGCUUUUCCCAACAAAGAAGCAUCUGGAUGAAGAUGGCUUCAAAAUAGAACCUACAUUCGCAUUUGACAGCGUCGUCAAUAUGAGUCCGAGAAUGAUGAUCUUGGAUACAGUCCGGCGGUUCAGUGGCCUUGAGCGCAACAUUGUCAUUUUGGUGAAUCCCUCUGUCCAUUCCUUCCUUGAGGAAAAGGAGGCAAACUUUCUCAUUUCUGCUUACUCCAGAGCAAGAAUACGCUUGUAUCAUGUUGAAGGCGUGCCAAGCCGUCGCCCACUUGUGCCUUUAAAUAAAUGAAUGAAUGAAUAAUAAUUCCCUUGCUGGCUAAUUGUACGUAAGAACAUAGACAUGGCACAAUGUUUUAAGUAAGCAAUGAGUAUCCAGCUUCAGGUUUAAAAGAAAAGGACAGGUCACACAACUAAACGUUUUCACCCCUUCUUGUGCUUCACUUGCUAUUAGAAUUUGGUCUGCACCAUGAAUAUAUGAACAAUUUUUUUGUCAUGGCAACAACCCUAUCCUCUUAGCCCUGCAAGACGUAGUAUAAAAUGAAGAGUAUAAUCUGGCAUUGCACAAUUUGCAAAGCAGUAGGACCAACCCUUGGUCUUUUUUUUUCUUUUUUUUUACCUCAAUGGUGAUUAACUAAAUCAAACAUGUCAAAAAGUCAUGUCCAGAGCGAAUACAGCAAACUCUUAGUGAAACAGAAAUAAGCCUUGCUACACAGAUAACAUUGUGAUUGGAUGGAGAUGUCUUGGCCCAGCUACAAUUUUCCCUUAUGGUGUGAUGCUAAACCAACCUGCCAGACGGAAAAUAUGUUGUGCCGCUUGGUGGGUUUGCCUAGUAUACUAAUGGUGAUGUCCACUACACUGGCCCAUAUCUCAAAGUCUUGAAUACCUUUUUUUUUCAUUAUAGUUUCCUGUGCAACUAAACUGCAUGUAAAGAGGCCAGACCUUCAGCAUGGGAGGCAGAGAGGACAGUAUCUUACCAAGACUAACUCAAGAAAGAUUUAAACAUGCAAAGACACGGCCAAUACAGCAAUUAAGAGACCACUAAAGCCUAUAAAAUCAGUGGGUCCUUUGAAACACACCAUGUUAACCAAUGGUUAGACACACCAGCACCAUUGACAGUAAGCUAACUUGUGCCAAGAUUUUGUCAUUCAUGGACAAGUUAGCAUAUGAACAUAUCACGGCACACACUGUUCAUUCAAUACACUAAUAAUUAGCCUAUCAUUGUUACUGCAUGUGAAUGUCAGUAUUUUAAAAAAGGAUAUUGUCAAUGUCUGCUUCAAAUGUAAAUUUGACCUUAAGCUUUCAGGGUUGCUUCAUUAGAUAUUAUUGUCAGUAGCAGUCACCAUUUAUCAUAAUGUUUUACUGUAAUAAUGUUAUAUUUGUCAAUGUUUCUAUAUUCUACAUUUUAUGGGGUUUUUUUAAGAACACAUGCAUUCACAUGUCUACCUGUUGUUCCAUAUUAAUGUAAGUGAGGCAACAUUUCUUUUCAAUAAUGUGCUGCUCGGACAUUUUGCUCGCGCAAUUUUAUUUUUUGUUUUAUUUUAAAUUGCAGUUUAAUGUGAUUGUUAUCCUUUCACAUGAUGACUGGGCUUUGUAUGGUAAACUAUAAUAAUAUCUGCAAAUUAAUAAUAAAAAAUCAACACAC